AUGCGAAAAUAUCUCAUUACACAAGAGCACGAAGCGGAGCUGCAGCCUGCCCGGGGGAACCACUCGCAUCUCACCAGCAGAGCCCACGAGCUCUUGUCUCGGGUGACUCCCCAGCAAAACCGGCAAGAAACGGAGCUUGAGGAAGCACAGAAAGGGAUGACAGUUCAUAUACUUAGGAGAAGCACAACUCGAGUUCGACGUGAGACAAGUUCAAACAAACUUGGUGCUAAAUUCACAAAGUUCAAGCCCAGAAAAAAUACACAGAACCAACUUGCAGACAGUCAUGCUAGUGUCUGCAGAGCUGCACAAAGCUCCAUGAGGACUUCUCCGCGGCUUCUCUGCGUAGCGACGCCGCAGAAAAACACCGGGCAGAAUGCGGAAGAGGAGCCGAGCCCUGCUGCAAGCGAGCAGAAGGCCGAGCCGAGCGCGGCCGAGAAGCUGCUGGCCGAGGAGAAGGCGAAGCUGGAGGAUCAGCUGCGAGACAUGAGCGACAAGUAUAAACGAGCCUUGGCAGAUGCGGAAAACGUGAGGCAAAGAAGCCAGAAGCUGGUGGAAGAGGCAAAGCUUUAUGGAAUUCAGAGCUUCUGUAAGGACUUACUAGAAGUUGCUGACAUCUUGGAGAAAGCAACAGAGAGUGUCCCAAAAGAAGAAAUUAAGGAUGAGAAUCCUCAUCUGAAGAGCUUAUACGAAGGGCUUGUCAUGACAGAAGUACAGAUCCAGAAAGUGUUCAAAAAACACGGGCUGCUCAGACUGGACCCUGUCGGCGCCAAGUUCGACCCCUAUGAGCACGAAGCCCUGUUCCACGCGCCCGUGGAGGGCAAGGAGCCCGGCACCGUGGCGCUCGUCUCCAAGAUGGGCUACAAGCUGCACGGGCGCACGCUGCGGCCCGCGCUCGUCGGCGUCGUCAAGGAGGCCUAG